AUGAUCUUCACGAAGCGGUUCAAAAAAACAAAGAAGCUGUUCAGAGAUCCAAAUCCGGAUGACGUUAUAGAUGCAUUUGAGACAUAUACGGAUGGUGAGACGGAAAUGACGCCGGAUCAACUUCAAUGUUUCUUGAAAGAGGUACAGGGUCAACUGAUCGACAAUACAACCGAUCGGGCGAAGAUAAAGAGGAUUGUCGAAGAAGUGAUUCGCGAGAGACACCCCGUUUCUACGAGUCUGAGAUGGCAAGCACUCACAUUCGACGACUUUGCAUAUUAUUUGUUUUCUUAUAAAUUUAACCCGGCGGUCAGUUGUCAGGUCCAUCAGGAUAUGACAGCUCCUCUGACGCAUUACUUCAUAUACGCUAGCCACUACUCCUACUUAACCGGCUUUGACCGUGAAAGCGAAUGUGGAGAUGAGCCAAUCAUAAAAGACUUGAGAUCAGGUGUGAGGGCAAUCGAUCUUGAUCUGUGGUCUGAUGCUAACGACAAUAUCCUUGUCGCACAUGGAAGGAACUUGUGGAAACAUGUGGAACUAGGAAAAUGUUUGCAAUCCAUUAAAGAUAAUGCAUUUGUCAGUUCGGCGUAUCCUGUUAUCAUUACACUUGGCGACAAUCUGACUCCAAUAUUUCGAACCCACGUUGUGAAGAUGAUAACUCGGACAUUUGGAGAUAUGUUAUAUAAUCAUGAUCCUGGAAGUUCCAAAGAAUAUCCUUCACCAGAAGAACUGAAGUUCAGGAUACUAAUAUCCACAAAACCUCCACAUGAACAGCUAGACGCAGAUGAUGUGAAGGGGAAGGAUUCAGAGCAGUCUAUUUUUGCUUGGAUGAUGCAAAAUGAUCACGAGAAGGUUUGUUACCAGCGCCUUAUUGCCAUCCAUUAUUUUAGAAUAUAUGAGGGCAUACAAAAGGUAUGGAAGUUUCAAGAAAGUAAAAACAAGUGGCUUAGUUUGACUGAGCAAUCACUUGAGAAAGUUAUUGCAUCGUAUGGCACAGAUGUUACAAGAUUCACCCAGAGAAAUUUUUUGAGGAUAUACCCUAAAGGUUCAACCAAUAAGUAUUUCAACUGUAAACCUCGGAAUAGUUGGAUGAACGGAGCUCAAAUGAUUGCAUUCAACAUGCAGGGAUACGGGGAAGCUUUGUGGCUCAUGCAUGGUAUGUUUAGAGGAAAUGGAGGGUGUGGUUACAUCAAAAAGCCAGAUUUGCUUAUGAACUUUGGCCCCAGCAAUGAUUUUUUUGAUCCGAAAGAAAACUUGAGGGUGAAAAAAACAUUAAAGGUGAAAGUCUUGAUUGGAGAUGGGUGGCACAUUGAGUUCAUGAAAAAUAACUUUGAUCAUGAUUUUCCUCCAAGCUUGUACAUCAAAAUGGGUAUUGCCGGAGCACCAGCUGAUGAAAUUAUGAAAACAGGGUACAAUGAGUUCAGCUUCCCGUUAACUGUUCCCGAACUUGCUUUGCUCCGUGUGACAGUUCACGACUUAACAGGUGAGUAUGGUUUUCCCGGUCAAACUUGUUUACCAGUGUCUGAGCUAAGGCAGGGCAUACGGGCCGUUCCGCUCUUCGAUAAAAAGGGUGAUAAGCUCAGUUCUAUUCGGCUUCUUAUGCGUUUCGAUUUUCUCUGAGCCUUCUUCUCCCCAUCAACUUUCUCUUAAGAAUCCACUCUAUGAUUAAGAGUAUAUUUCCUAAUUAGAGAGGAGCUCAUCUAAACGUUGUGCGUGUUUUUGGCCAACUCUGCGCUUAAUCAAGACAAAUUGCCCAUAUAUUUGAUAAUGCGAGGCUUUUUUCCCACUUUAUUACAACAUUAUUCUCUUUAUUAUUCGUCAACAAUUAUUAGAAAAUAAU